CUGGGCUGUCAUCACUGAACGUGAUCUGAGAGUGGUGACCGAGGAACCAUACAAGGUGCAACCGGAAACAGAAAAAAACAUCGAAUUUCAUGGCAAUUUACCUUAGGAACCUCUACACGAGGCUGCCUUUCACCAUCGUUGACCGAACAGUGUUGUCCACGAGUUAUAUUAACCUUGAGACCGAGUCGUGCACCACCGAAGUUGCACAAGUUGUGUGUUGCCUCCUGGCAGUUGUAAUGUCAGUCGGUGCCACACAGUGCUGCUAAUGCUUGCACAACAUUAGCUAGCACCAUCAGAGACUCUUGCUGGCAAUAUCAGUGGAGGAAUCAGUAUGGAUGCGCUCUUGGUGUUCCUACUGCUGCUGGUCCCACUCCUGUUAUGGACCAGCAGCACUUUUGUUUUUUAUUUUAAAAAGUGUUUCUACGUGGCCUAUAUGAUGAUUUUGGCUGCGAUUGCGAUUCCGCUUGGUAUUCUGAAAAGCGGCGGCAGGGACAUCGAAAACAUGAGGGUGAUCCGCGCUCUGGUUCGUCACGUGAAGUACUUCCUGGGUCUGAGGUUUGACGUGAGUGGCUUGGAACACCUGCAAACAGAGGGACCCUACGUCAUCAUCUCCAACCACCAGAGCUCCCUGGACGUACUGGGUCUAAUGGAGGUCCUCCCAGAUCGCUGCACCAUGGUUGCCAAGAAGGAGCUGGUGUACGCUGGCACUGUGGGCAUCGUGUGCUGGCUGGGCGGCAUAGUCUUCAUCAACCGCAAGAAGACAAGAGACGCCAAGAGUGUCAUGGCCGGAGCUGCCAAGACCAUGCUGGAUGACCAGAUCCGUCUGUGGGUGUUCCCGGAGGGUACGCGGAACCAGAGGGGUGACCUGCUGCCCUUCAAGAAGGGAGCCUUCCACCUGGCAGUGCAAGCGCAAGUGAGCCACAGGGCCAUGUGUGCUCCUAUCAUUCCCAUCGUGUUCUCCUCCUACAGUAACUUCUAUCUACGGAAAGAAAAGCAGUUCAACUCGGGGACCAUCACACUGAAGAUCCUUCCGAAGAUUGAGACGAAGGGCAUGACGUCAGACAACGUGGCCGACCUCUCCGACAAGUCCUACGACCUCAUGCGCUCCGUCUUCCUAGACAUCUCUGGCUCUGCCCCCGUAACCCAGAGCAACGGGCCCUCCUUGCACCACUAAACAUGAACAACCUCCCUCCUCAUUUUCCUGUCCAAGACACCAAACUCUUUCCCCCCCCUUCUCUCCCCUCCACAUCGUCCCAACUCCUUACCUACCUACUUACAAAUUAAGUCAAAUAUAUUGGCACCCUCGCACUUUACAAUGGCGCAGAAUGUUUUGUUUUCUCUUUUCAAAACUGGUUGAAUGGAUAUGUCUUUCCCUUAAGGCACCUGCAACUUACCACGGGUGAGAGAAAUGACACCGUAAACAAGAUAAUUGCUUCCAACAAACCAAAUUAUUUUUUUAUAAUUUAGUCCAGGCUAUCUUUUUUACUUUGAAGUGAACGAUCUCAAUUUUUGAAGAAAAAAUGUAUUGGUCCUGUGCAGUUGUAAAUAAAACAACUUCAUGUGUGAACACAAUGUUUUUAAAUGUCAACUUAUCUUAAAAAACAUAGUGAAUCAUGCAAGGGUGCCAAUAUAUUUGAGUGUAUCUCUACCAGGACAGAACGCACACACCAGGUCUACGUCAUGAACUCUUCUCUGCUUUCUGAUGUAUUGGCCUGGUCCAGUUUGGUUCUGGUUGGUUCCUGGUCUGACCUAGCCCAGUACAUUCCAGCCCUGACCGCUCACUGCAGCAGGUUAGAGCGGCAUGGAUGUGAUGUGGGUUCAUCAUGCAUUCCUUUUGGAUUGCUCUGUUGCCCAGCAUUUUGUUUUGUUUGUCUGUUUUUAAGUGGCUUUAUGGUUGUCUGAUUUUAUGGCAGUAGAUGUGCUUUCUCUGGUUUCCCUCUCCCUUCCUCCGGCUUGACUUUAGAUUUUCGUAAAUGUCGCCAGUGGAUAUUUAUACCUUCUUCUGGUGCUGCCUCACCUCUUUUCUUAAUGCGCUCUCAGACAAUCGCAACACACAACCACCCUGCUUUAACAUGCACACAACAGUUCCCCCUGCUCAACACCACAUCCCACCCAACCCCAGUGUAUCCUCCCCUGUUCUGCAUUCCAGCCUAUUGUCUCUGUGAAGAACAGGGGGAACGGGGUCUGGAGGACCAGGGGGUCUGGAGGGGAGGUGGAGGGCAACAGAGGAGCGAGACGAGAUCAACAGUAGUUGACUUAGGGACUUGUUCCUUAUCUGUGUCUCAGUGGAAUCCACUCUAUAUUGUUACUUACUUACAUACCGACCACACUGGCAUCUCAACCACCUUAUCACAAUAGCUCAAUGAUAUACUGUACCGUGCUUGAUAUACUGUACCAUGAUAUAAUGUACCAUGAUAUAAUGUACCACGCCAAACAACAAGGUAUACAACGAAGACAAUAACCAUCCUCAGUGAAUUCAUGGACUUUACUGGACUUUCCAAAUGUGCAUUUUUGUUGUACUACACAGAUUUUCUUCAUUAUUAUUUUCUAUCCACCUAAGAAAUAACCUGCAUGUAACAUUGAGCAAAGUGUGUUUUUUUUUGCAGCUGUGUUCUAUAUUUCUCUUUAUUUAUAUCUACAUCAUAUGGUCUUGUGUUAAUUUUAUUUGUGUCUUAAAGUUCUGUUCUUUGUGCAUGGAGAACCUAUUUAUGAUGUAUAAAAGGUGAUUUUAUGAAGUGCAAUGUCCAACUGUUCAAUCUAAACUGCUCCAAAGUGUAAGAGUUCUAGGAUGUAUUCAUUACAUCUUGCAACGGAAACCGUUUUAAGAGCCAAACAAAGCAAAUGGAGCAAACUGAAUGAAACGGAGGGACCAACUUGAAUUUGUCCAAUAGGAACUCUGGUUUUGUUGGAAAAAGUGUGCCAGUGCUUUAAAAGUAACACAUUGGGAAGUGAUCUAGAUGUAACACGGGUACAUGAGUAACAUUUAUUUAUUAGCUAAGUCUUGUGCAUUCUUUGCUUGGCCAAAUGUUCCUUAUUGUUACAUGGCAACUAUACUGAACAAAAAUAUAAAUGCAACAUGCAACAAUUUUAAAGAUUUUACUGAAUUACAGUUCAUAGAAGGAAAUCAGGAAAUAAGUUCAUUAGGCACUAAUUUAUGGCUUUCACAUGACUGGGCAGGGGCAUAGGCCCCCCCACUUGGGCGCAAGGCCCAGUCAGUCAAUCAGUUUUUCCCCACAAAAGGGCUUUAUUACAGACAGAAAUACUCCUCAGCACCCCUGCCUCCAGACAACCCCGCAGGUGAGGAAGCCAGAUGUGGAGGGCCUGAGCUGUUGUGGUUACACACAGUCUGCAGUUGUGAGCCAGUUGUACGUACUGCCAAAUUCUCUAAAUUGACACUGGAGGUGGCUUACGGUAGAGGAAUUAACAUUAAAUUCUCAGGCAAGAGCCCUGUUGGACGUUCCUGCAGUCGGCAUGCUAAUAGCAUGUUUCUUCAUUUUGACACAUCUGUGGUAUAGUGUUGUGACAACUGCACAUUUUAGAGUGGCCCUUUAUUGUCCCCAGCACAAGGUGUACCUGUGUAAUGAUCACGCUGUUUAAUUAGCUUCUUGAUAUGCCACCUGGCAAGUGUAUAAAUUACCGUGACAAUUUAGAAAUGCCCACUAAUAGGGAUGUAAAUCAAUUUGUGCUCAAUUUGAGAGAAGCUUUUUGUGCCAAUGGAACAUUUCUGGGAUAUUUCAGUUCAUGACACAUGGGACCAACACUUUGCAUGUUACAUUUAUAUUUUUGUUCAGUAUAGAAGGGCUGCUGUCAGAGUGGUUACCUUAGCUUUAUACUUGAUAAACUGGUGCUUUUCCUAUUAAUGGGGAAGAGGGAUACACGCAUAAUCAUUACAUACUGUGGUUGUCUGACCGAUUAUGAUAAACAGAACUGAGAAUAUUAAAUUUGAUGUUUUUAAUCGAUGGAUGGUCUAUGAUAUGUACAACUCUGACUGUGGGGAAAAGGCGCGGUCUAUUUUUAAAGGAAGCGAGGAAUUGGCUGAAUGUUUUUGGCCUUGUAUUCAAGGUAGUAAUAAUAAGGGUUGGGAUUGUGAAGUUCGUAAACUUGUGAGAGGUUUUAUAUUCUGUAAUUGAUAGACAGAUGACUGGAAUGACUGAAAUAAUUUAAAUGUAUGGCAACGCAGCUUCUUAUUAUAAUUUGUAUCCAGAUCUUGACAUUUUUAAUAUUCACUGCCUUUACAUUAGUUGGCUAAAAUGACGUCGCUUGAAGCUUUUUGCCUGUCAAAAACACCAGUCUGAGAAUGUAUUUCAGGAUUAUUUGUGUACUACUUAUUGCAUUUAACUCUUUAUUUUUCAAAUUUUUUAAACUUUAAGUAUAACUUAUUUCAAUGGAAUGUUGUUUUGCAUACAGUUGGUUACUGACACAUGUCAAUGAUUAAUUGUUUUUAUUUAAAAUUAAGGUAAAGUAAUUGAACACUUAAUUUUAUCUCCAGCAUUUUUCUUUGUUGUGCACCCAAACUUCCUGAGGUACAGGGUUGAGGGUCAAUCAAUUUAAAUUCAGUCAAUCCAAAAAAACAUCUUCUUCAAUUAUCCUCAGUGCUUCUCUGAAACAUGUUUAAUUAGAAUUUCAGUUUACUUCCUGAAUUGACUGAAUUGAUUAACUCCAAUCCUGUUGAGCCGCUCAUGCUGUAGAAGUGAAAUCAUCUAUGCUUUGUCUGGUAAUAACCCUGUAUACGAGGCCUCUUCAUAGUCGAUUGGCUACAGUAGCUUUACCUGCUGGGCUUUUGGCUUACUUGGUUCUGAGGAGUAAAUCAACUCAAGGCCUGGGCUUUCCUCAUCUUUAUGUUCUUGAAGGCCAGUACCACCAUGUAAGGAAUAUCGGUCUGAAUACAUCAAAUAAAUCUGUGACUUUAAUUUUUGUUAAUAGAAGUAUAUAUUAACAAUAGUAAGCCUUUCAUGGUUUUUGUUAUCUUAAUGCAGUGGUGUCUUUAAAAAAAUCUUACAACAGAGGUUUGAAUGUUCAUCAAAGAUGCUACCAAAUUGGUUUCAACCAAAUGUAUACUGUCAUUGAUUUUUAGACAAUGGUCAAUAGUUAGCCUAUUAAUCUUAAGAUUACUUUCAUGUGUUUUGUAGCUUAACUUUCUAGUGUGUCAGCUAAAAGCGUCAUUGACUCAGAUGACGAUCAUAUGUUAACUCAACAGGCUCUGCAGCACUACUUUGGAGAGCCUGGUUGGUUGAUCUGGCUGUUGUUUACAAAAUUAUAUAUAAGAUAUUGGAGAAAGAUUUAAAGUAUUCUAAAUAUGAAUAAAGCACUUUUCAUGUUGA